UUAUAAAAUUACGAGAAUAAAGUCAUAAUAUUACGAGAAUAAAGUUGUAAAAUUACGAGAAUUAAGUCAUUAUACCACAACCCGUUUCAGACAGAAAGCUUCGAUCAUGCUCCGACCAGCACCACCAAACUGCGUCCAGUUUGUCUUAAACAUAUUGGCCAAUUAGCAGGUAAGCUAAAGUAUUGAUAAUUUUGUCGUUAUAAUUUUGCAAGUUUAGGUGGGUGAGCUUACAGGCUUACAGGUUGGUUGAGUUAUUUGAUGCAACGCAUUUCCAGCUUUAUAAACGCUAGCAACGUCAUACAACAUGUAGCGUUUAACCUAAUGUGAGCCAUUCAUUAUAUUGUCUAAAUUAGUUGUUAUUGCUUGUCCAAACGACCCGCUCCAUCACUCACAUAAGCAUAUUUAAGAUACUUUGGGCUUGCCAUUUCUGUUGCAUUACAGUAAUGUUACUUUGUUCAAACUACCAUUAACGUCACCGUCUUUUAGUACCCACUAAUUACACCACUACCAGUCACCAUCUCUCUCUUCCCUAGGCAGGGGAACACCGGAGCCGUUCAGAUGAAAAAAGAUCCAUAAUGGCAGAGAAUCUGUCAGAAAUUGUGACUUUCCUGAGAGGUCGAGGUACAUCUGAAGAAACAAUCAGUUGGAUUCAAGAGCAAAAGAUUGACAGAGAGGUCAUCCUGCUAAUGGAAGAUGCCCAGCUAGCAAACUAUCUUCCAUCAUAUGGAGACAGGAUUGCUUUGUUCAACUUUUGCAAGCGUCAAACACACUCAGCAAAACGGAAGCAGGGACUUUUUGAAAAGCUAAGGGAGAAGCUCAAGCUUAGAAAGGAAACCCAAACUGGAGAGGAGGAGCCAGGAACCUCCAACAAAACCAAAAAAGCUAGAGCAAAAACAGCAACAAGAAAUAUUGAAAUAGGAUGGGUUCACACUGAUGGCAAAAUAACAAAACAAGUCAGAGCAAAGCAAGGUGGGGGCACAAGGAAGAUUCCUAUAAACAUUCAGGCAGGAUGUGAUGAGAUACUAAAACAAGGAAAAUCCCUAUUCUUUCCAGAUGGAAAAUCCAGCAAAGGUCACGAAUGUGAUUUUGAAUUUGAUGUUUGGGAUUUCAAGCAAAAUCCUUUUCCCAAGGAUGUCACAGUUGAAAUGUUAUACAACACAGUUAAACUCCCACUUCUGCGCUUCUAUAUAUCAACUCAACUAAAAUCAGAGUUAAGUGAAGAGUCUGAUGAUAACAACCACACCUGUGUCAAAUGUGUUCCUCAGCCUGAUGUACCAGAUAACGAGGCCCUUGAUGAACCAUCGGUGGACAGACAUUGUUGGCAGGAUUUAACAGAUGAGGUUCAUGUCUCCAUUCCAGAUGUGUUUAUUGUUUCUGAAGAAGUCCUCACAGAUUCUACAGUAACGAGAGAAUGCUCUGCAAGCUCAAGUCAAGAAACAAGAACAGUUGUCAUCAGUGAUCCCAUAACUUUUUACAGUGGCAAGAAUUAUGUUAUUGAGGAUGACGCUGACCCUGAAAUCACUUUUGGUGCACAAGCAGGGAAUGAUGACUCCCUCAGUGACACAUUGAUCUAUGAACCUCUUGAGUUACCUCAAAGUCCUCUUAAUCUUUUGCCUGAAACAGUUUUGGUCUUGCACUACUCAAACAGCUUCAAUGAAAUGAUAGAGGCCUUUUCUGACCCUGAAAUCUUGAACAAAACACUGAAAGUCAGACGUCUUCUUCCUGACAACUCAGUAGAGAGGGGUAGUGGUUCUGGUGUAAUCAGAGAUGUCUACAGUAGCUUCUGGGCAGAGUUUUACGAACGUUGUACGCUUGGAACAACUUUCAAAGUGCCCUUUCUUAGACAUGAUUUCUGUGCUGCCACUUGGAAAGCAGUCGGGAGAAUUCUUCUGAAAGGAUUUCAAGAUUGCCAGUAUUUGCCAAUUAAACUUGCCCCUCCUUUCCUUGAGGAGAUGUUUUAUGGGGAGGUACACAGUGAUCUGACAAGAAGCUUUCUGAUGUAUGUGAGCACACAAGAACAAGAUGUCCUCAAGCAUGCAUUAGAUCAUUUUGACACUGUUGAUGAUGAUGACCUUCUUGAAGUGCUUGACAGAUAUGAAUGUAGGAAGAGAGUCACUGCUGCUACUCUUCCAGACAUCUUGGCUGAAAUAUCUCACAAGGAACUUGUGCAGAAACCAAUGUUUGUCAUCGACUGCUGGAGGGAGGUCACACAGCCACUGAUUCAUCUAAAAUCUGGCGAACUGACCAAAAUGUAUAAUGAUUUCAAACCCACCCCAAAGAGAGUAGUAGGAAUAUUAAACUUUCCUACAGAGAUGACAUCCAAGCAGGCAGAAGUGGCACAGCACCUGAAAAGAUACGUCAGGGAGCUUAACGAGGAAAAGCUAGGAAGAUUUUUGAGGUUCUGCACUGGCUCUGAUUUAUUGUUAUCUGGAAUAAUUGAGGUUGAGUUUACAGUUCAGACCAGCUUCACAAGAAGGCCAAUUGGACACACAUGUGGGAUGCUCCUAGAACUGUCUGACAGCUAUGAUAGUUUUCCUGAUUUCCGCAGUGAGUUCAAUUCCAUUCUAGAGAGCAACGUCUGGGUAAUGGAUAUUGUGUAGGCAGAAGUUAUGUCUGAAUUCUUUUACUUUUGAAUAGAGUUGCAAUAUUAUUCUCACAAAAACGCAAUCAUUAAAGGGAUAACUAUGUUGUUUGUAUAAACACACAUUAGGCCAUACACAUGCUUGAUAACAAAAAAAAAGGUUGUGCUAUGAUGCUCACUGUUCGCUUUCUCAAUUAUACAGAAACUGAGUGAAUGUUCAAGCUAUGGUUCAUACAGUUUACAGUUAAAUGAAUGGCUGGAAUGUUACAUAUUGAAUGUUGCAUUCACUUUCUUUUGCAAAGAGUUCACAUAAUGCCUAUCACCACCAGGCAGAUCUCUCAAUAUUUCACAGUAUAAAGAGUUUAUAAACCUGGUGUCUGGGUUCUUGCCACUGCUUGAAGAAAACCCUGACAAUUGUGAAUAGACAAAGAUUUACCAAACAAUACUUAUGUGAACUCAUUGGGACAGGAAAUGAAUGUAGAUACAUUUAAUGGUCAAGGAUUAGAAAAAGUUUUCAAAGGUGAUGUAUUUUCCAUUGGUCAUUUGCAAAUUCCUUGUGGAAGGAAGUUUUAUAAUUAAUGGCUGCCUUUCUACACUUUAAAAGUUAGUAAUAAAUUAUUUUGAGAAAU